AUGAUAACCAUCCAACUCUCUGUCUUCUUCAUGAUCAUCUAUAUGCUCAAGUUCUUGACAAUAAUUGCGCAGAGCAGCUUAACUGCUGUAGUGCUGGGCACAGAGUGGGUUAGUUUCCAAAGGCUGUCACCAGUGGAAAUGAUUCUCACCAGCCUGGGUGUCUGCUGCAUCUGUCAACUGUGGUCAUCGAUGCUGUACAACUUUUGCUCCCACUUCCACCCUAAUUAUGAAUUUUGGUACUUCAGGGUAGUCUGGGAAUUUACUAACAUUCUUUCAUUCUGGUUGACCAGCUUGCUUGCUGUCUUCUACUGUGUCAAAGUCUCCUUCAGCCACCCCAUCUUCUGGCUGAAGUGGAGAAUUGUGAGGUUGGUUCCUCGGCUGUUGCUGGGUUCUCUGCUGAUUUCUUGUGUGUCUAUCAUCUUUGCAGCUGUUGGGCAUUACAGCAAGAUUCAAUUAAUCUCCAAGAGGCAUUUCCCUAGAAACAGCACCACGACUGAGAGACUUGAGAUAUUCCUGUGGGAUUUUUCCAUGUGCCAGCAAGUGGUUGUGUUGAUUAUUCCUUUCCUCCUGUUCCUGGCCUCCACCAUCUUGCUCAUGGCCUUAUUAUUCCAACAUCUGAGGCAGAUGAAAGAUCAUCACACCAGCCACUCCAACUCCAGCCUGGAAGCUCACUCUACUGCCCUGAGGUCUCUUGCCGUCUUCCUCAUUUUCUUCACCUCUUAUUUUCUGACCCUACUAAUCUCCAUCUGGGGUGUCCUUUUUAAUAAGGGGUCCUGGUUCUGGGCCUGGGAAGCUAUCAUCUAUGCUCUAGUCUCUAUUCAUUUGACUUCACUGAUGCUGAGCAGCCCUAAAUUGAAAAGGGUUUUAAAGGUAAGGUAUUGGGGCCUAGAGGCUGCCUGA